CCCCCCCCUCAUCGUUGGAAACGGCUUCAACUCCACUUCUAUCGCCGGAAUUUCCUACAGUCCCCCUACUUCGGGAUGACUAUGUCAAAGAGUGUGACCAAAAGCCAGAAUUAUGGUGACGGAUGUACCAGUGGCGCAUCACCUUGGUCAGAUCUUGACCAUGAUUUGCUUUAUUUAGUUAUGAUGCAACUCGGAGCCUUUGAUUUUAUUGCAUUCAGUGGAGUUUGCAAGUCAUGGAGGUCACUUGCACUCUCUAACAAAACCAGGUUUAUGGCAUCCAGACCACCCAUGCCCAUAUGGAUCUUUGAGCAGGCUAUCGAGAAAGAGUACUCUGCAGAGGACUUUGAUGGAAGACAGGUCAAAAUGCACAUUCCCAAAUCUGGUGGCAAGACCUGUGUUGGAUUAACUUGUGGUUAUUUGGUCAUGUUUGGGAGAAAGCCCCGUGAGUUUUGGCUUAUGAAUCCUAUCACAAGGCACGGAUUUCGUUUCCCUAAAGUCCCCAGUAAUCUUGAUCCCGAUCCAGAAGAAGUCAGGGCUAUUCUAGUCUUCUCACCUUCAAUAUCUGCAUGGGUGUUUGUGGUCUUAUGCAGAUACACCUCCAAAAUAUGGUUUUCAAUAGCGGGUAAAAGAGAAUGGAAUUAUGUCUCCUCCACUUCCGACAUCAUUGAUUUACUUGAUUUCAAGGGGAAGAUAUAUGCAAUAGACGAUGAUUCUUGUUUAUAUGAACUGAGACUCGAUCCAAAGCCCAAACUGAUGUUACUUAAAACCAAGAAUAUUCUGGAGUCAGUCUAGGAUUUUCUGCAGUUGGUAAGUUCCGGUGAAAACAUUUAUGCUGUGGAAUGCUUUUCCUUCGACAACCAGGUUCAUAAACUAGAUCUUGAUGAAAUGUUAUGGGUGUCUCCAGAAGAAAAGACACUGGACGAAUACGUCUUUUAUGCUAGUGACUUCAAGCGUAGUGCUGCUAUCAAACGAGAGUUGUGGUCUGACUCUUGGUUUCAGCAUUACAAGAAAUUUGCUUACAGUUAUACAAGUGGAAAUGGCAUGUUUUUUACCGCAUACAUAUGGUACUUUCCUCAUGAUUGUUUGAAAGUUAAUCUCAAACAAAAAUGAUAUUAGUCUUAUUUUUGCACGUGUUGCGCGCAAUUUCUUGUUUUGUUGUUACUCGCUUUUUUCUACAAGAGGCACAAUGUUCAGUUAUAUCUUUCUUUUAUGUGAUUGGAUGUCCAUUUGCUUUGAAUA